AGAGUUUAUCUUUUUUCCUCUACAUUGGAAGGAGAAAGAAGAACUCUGAACUAGUGCACCCAGUUCAGCUAUAAAGAACAGACCUCGUGUGUACGUGUUGCUAGUAUACGGCCUGUACGUCCUAAACAUCCUAGAAAAAGUCGCAGCAGACAAAACGCAACGUGGUCCCUCUCACGUGUUCUCUCCGCUUUCGAUAAAGUAGAAACUGUGUUAGUAAAUGAAAAAAUGAUUACAUUCCUGCAAGAUAUGUGUCUAGAAGAUUAUACGCUACUUUUGCCAUCGGUGGGAGUAGGAAACGUGUCACAAUUAUGUAUUGAUUUACUCAUCACAAAUCUUCACCUUCAAAAGAUUGGCCAAAUUUGCAAUCCAGCAUUUGUGCCUGUAGCUGGUGCAAAUGCUUAUCAUGAACAAUCAAGAGAGAUUAGCACGGAGAUCGACAUUUACGCAGGAAUUGAAACAUGCAUUGUCGCUAUACAAGUUCGCUCGCCCUACGUAGGUGUGCUGACCGAAUUCUUCGAGGAACUGACACAUUUCAUUACUAACAAAAAAAUAGCCAAAGUAAUAAUUCUUUCAAGCAGUAAUGAUUAUGAAAUGAAAGACGUCAAACCGCAAAAUCUUAAAUUGAGAUAUGUGGCUUCUCCUAGUAUACAUGCUGAGAGUGGUAAACUCUUCAAAAAACUUAAUUGGAUUUUACAUGAACCACAGGUUGCAUCAGGUUCAACGGAAGAAGGAAAAUUACGGAUACCAGGAGGUGGAUUUGCAAUGAGUUUUUUCAAUCAUCUAUCUACUGCCAACAUUCCUAGUGCUAUCUUGUUCAAAUUCUGUUCUGAGGGAAAUAAUAUCACAGAUGCGAUAGAUCUGCUGUACUAUUUGAACAACUGGAUGCAAUUUGAAGUAUUAAACAUAAAUAGUGAAAAUGUAUUUGAGAAUUUAAAAUAUCCAUCAUCUUGGAUACUCUUAUUUGGAAAUCCACCACCACGAAAUAUGUACUGAAUAAACUUGAAUUAUAUGAUAUGUAAAUUAUGUGAUAUGAUUUGAGAAUAAAAAUAUUUUUGCAGUAUA